CAGGUUAGUUAAGCUGGUUGGUACACAGUCGAGUUCACACACAGAGUAUUUUAAUUUACUAUUUCUUCUAAUUGCUUGUGUUGAAUAAACCUUCAGUAGGUUCAUUUUGACCUACAGAGAAAGCAGAUGGAUUACACCAACCUCACACUUUUUAUCUUUAUAUGGAUUUUUGUUCCAUCCUGAUGAUCAGACGAGUGUUUGAGGAUUUAACAGAUUUCUUGAGAACAACAGUAAGUGUUUGUGUCUUUUUCUAAAAAUCAUUUUCAGUCUUUUAGGUAAAAAGUUUCAGUUGUCAUGGUUACAGUUUGGUUAACAUCCACCCACAAAAAUGUUUGAACAGAAAAACUGUUUCAAAACUGAGUGAGACUUCAUUUAAAAUGUCAUUUCCUUUCUAGUGGACGUUAAACCUGUAAAUCCUGAACCAUGAAAUCAUUGCUCGAUCAUUCAAAUUUUAUUGGUCCAACGCAUCAAACGUGACUCCAACGUCACUUCCGUACGAGACGUUGCAUCCUGUAAGAGUGGAGUUUGACGGAGCGGCUGAACGACAGAUCGGUUCUAACAGUCAGUGACUUUCAGCUUUAUUUAAACCUUAAAUUUAAUCUUGUGUCGUCAGAUUUAAACUCAGGUUCAGUUAUUGAGUGAAAACACCAACAGACUCAGACAUUUAGGACAAACUAAGAGUCAGAUGAGCAGAAACAGAGAACACGGACAUGUCUGCUGUAACUGCGUCACUCUGCUCCACUUUGCUGAUGUUCGAUGGAGUCUUCAUGUUUGUCUCUGCAGAUUUUCCACCCUGAUGACCACAGAGGCCUUUGAGGCUUCCAGACGUCCUUCACAACAACACACUGGAUGAACUGGUGAUUUACACAGGCUACUGGUUUUGUAAACUGGUGCAGGCUGCUGCUGGUUCUCAGGUUAGUCAGAGUUAUGUCGCGGUGUUGUUUGAUAAGCUGCUCGGCAGACACAGACCUCCGACCUCGGAGCUGAAGCUGAAUCAGGAAGAGGCGGAGCAGGAUGUGAGCUUGAAACUUGCUGUGGGAAACAAACUCGGUGCAGAGACAAAACAAACUUCUGCUUCAAAGACACAAACUGUUCAUGCAUGACGACUGACACAUGAAACAGGUUCAGAUCUUUCCUGCCAGGAUGCUUCAAGAACUGAAGAAAUAAAACUUUCUUUCCACUUCACCUCUUCUGUUGUGACGCACUUGUUUCUGCUCGACCCCGCAGUGCAGCGCACCAAACGUCACAAUGACACAACUUCCUGAAAACAAAUGUUACUGAUACAGUGGCUUUCAGGGGUUUUAAGCCUAAAUUUUAAUCUCCUGACAGACUGAGACAUUUAGAAAAAGCUAAGAGUCAGAUCGAGAACACGGACAUGUUUGCUGUAAUUACGUCACUCUGCUCCACUUUGAUGUUUGCCGUGUUCGUCUCUGCAGACCAGGAAAUCAUCACAGCUGAGUCUGGACAGAACGUCACUCUGACAUGUCGAGCUUCAAACAACAUUAUAGCAGUAAACUGGAGCAGAGCUGACCUGGGAACAAAAUAUGUCCUUUUUUACCGGGAUGAGCGUUUUUUUCCAGACGACCAGCAUCCAUCUUUCAAGAACCGGGUGGAUCUGCAGGACAGACAGAUGAAAGAUGGAGACGUGUCUCUGAUUCUGAAGAAUGUGACGAUUAAUGACACUGGAACAUACGAGUGUCGAGUUGCCCAAAAAGAACCAAACCAAGAGAUAUCCAGUUUGAAGCUCAUCAGCAGCAUCUACCUUCAUGUUGAUCCUCCAGGUCACACAGGACCAUCUGCUGGAGUGAUUGUUGGAGUGAUCAUCGGUCUGAUUGUUGCUGCUCGAUUCUUCAUCUACAGACAUAUAAAGAACAGAAAUUUAAUUUAAGCUAGCAUCCUGAGGAACAUGAGCAAGUUUGAAAUGAUCAUCGGUCUGAUUUUUGGUCUGUAGAAAACAUAAACAACCGUAGAGUCAGGAUCCGUAACAGCCUCCUGCUGAACUGCAGUUUGAAAUGUGAGUUCUUUACAGCUGAACUCCUGGAGUCUGAGUCUCCUGAUGAGCCAGACUUCAUUUAGUGUUAUUAAACAUUCAGAAGAUGAUCUGAGGACAGACAUCAGUCAGCUGUCGGUGAUUUGAAGUUACUGUUUUUGUUUGUUUGUUUGCUUUGUGUGCAUCAGUAUUAGUUAUUAGUUUGUUUUAGUUUCCAGGUUAGUCGCUCAUCUCAGUGGAAGAGUUUAUGUCCUUCAACAGUGUUAUUUACACUUUUGCCUUAUUUCUAUGUGGAACAUUCAGGACUUCCUCAUUCAAACAAAGAAAGUUUGUUCACAGUGAUGAGUUCAGUGUUGUCUCUGUCACAAUAUCAGAAUCAGUGAGUUUGUUUCAUCUUCAGGUUCAGCUGUUUGUAAGGUCAGACUCACAGACUGAUCCUCAUGUUUAGAUGUUACACAAUAAUUACAGACACUGACUGACAACACAAACACAACACAAAGUGCUCAGGGUCCAUUUAUCAGCUAGAACUGAGUGACUGAAUAAUCUGAUAUUAUUAUGAAACCAAAGAGAAAUGUGUUACAUGGAGCUGCAGAGUCACAUGUUUCCUCCUCUGAUCUAUGAAGCCUUAACUUGUUCCUUCAAGAAGGAGACUCUUCAGUUUAAACACGUCAAGAUUAUUUAUUAUUUUAUUUUUAUAUCAGUUUGUUUAUCGAAAAAGUUUAAACGUGUUACUCUUGAAUGUUUUUCUUUGCUUCCUGUAAACAUUUCCUGACCUCCUGUUUAAAUGUGUGCAGAUUUAAUCUUGAAUGUAACAAUGUGAACAUUUAUAUACUUAACUUGACAUUAUUACAACCUGUGAUCUGUGGAAGCUCAGUAUCGCCUCUUCUCAGAGGUAGGAGAUAAAUGACAGAGAUGAAACCUGGCUGUUCAUGAUGUUUGUGUAUGAGGUGUGUUAUUGAGCACAACACUAUACACAGUUUUUCUGUGUUAACAUCUUUGUGCCAACUUUAUCAGACCAUCAUGUUCAAUGUUAAUGAGAAGAGCUACAAGUUGAUUUGUACUUUGAAGUGAUCAAACAUUCAUAUUUCACGAUACACUUUCUAUGCGAGCUAGCUUCUGUGCUACUAAAACCUGCUGUUAUUUUGCUGUUAAUGUAUCCUGUUCAUAUGCACAUAAUAAACAUAAUCUCUGAAUGAUAAA